AUGCCCAAAAGAGAGCUCAGAGUAGCUUCAAACCAGAUCCUCUCUCUCUUUCAAGAUAAUUAUCCUGAAAUGGUUGCUCGUAAUAUUUUCAUCAAUGUUCCAUGGUACUUCAACAUGCUAUACUCUGUUUUCAGUCCCUUUUUAACUCAAAGAACUAAGAGCAAGUUCGUGAUUUCUAAGGAAGGAAAUGUAGCCAAGACACUUUACAAGUUCAUUAGGCCUGAAGAUGCUCCUGUUCAGUACGGUGGACUGAGUCGACCCAGCGAUUUUCAAAAUGGUCCUCCAAAACCAGCUUCUGAGUUCACUGUCAAAGGAGGAGAAAAAGUGAACAUUCAGAUUGAAGGCAUUGAGGUUCAUCACUGUCAAAGUGGAUUGCAUUUAAUUAAGGUUAUUGUGGGUUGCAUGGGCUGUCAUUUGAGGUUUCAGUAUGUUGAAUUAGACUGCAUUUGA